AUGUCAGUGACAAAAAUAUUUUAUGUUCCUGAGCCUCUGAAACCGUCGCCAAAUUAUCGUGAAAUUGUUAAGUAUUUAAAAGAAUGAUUAUAGAAAAUUAGUAGAUUCUAGAUAAGAGGAUAAAUAAAAAUUAGAUGAAUAUGUAGAUCAUUUUCAACCGACAAUUGAUGAAACAAGAGAGAAACAAGAUUCUUAUCUUGGCAAAAGGUGUUUUUUAUAAUUUAUUAUUUUAGAUAUCGAUCUAUUUUGCAAGCACUUGAAAGGGCUAAGAAUAACUUAAUUAAGUAUAAUUUAUCAUUGUUGGAAUUACAAGAUAAAAUAGAAAAAAGUGUAGAAAUUAGAAAAGUACUUGAAGAUGUUAACAACUAUAAAACAUAUAGUGAAGCAUUAACAGAGAAUAUCAAUAAGUUAUAAAAUUAAAUUUAUGAACAUACUACAAGAUGUAAGAAUCUUAAAAGAGUGAUUGAAUAUAAACAUGCAGCACUUAAUAAAUAAAAUUCAAAGAAUCUUGUUCUUUUAAGAGAAAUUAAUGCAGCUAGACAUCAUUAGAAAAAAUAAAAGAAAACAUCAGAAACUUUAAGAACUUAACAAUAAACUACUUUUUAUCAAUAAAAACCACUUAGUCAGUCUAGCUAAAAAUAGGAAUAAUUAAUUGAUCCUUAAAUUGAUUAAAUUAAAUAUGAAAAUAAAUAAAUGAGAUACUAAUUAACUUCAUAUAGGAAUAAUAAAUAUUUAAAAAUGGAUUUAUUUAAUGAAUGUAUGGAGGCUUAUAAAAAGUAUGAUUUAAGAAUUUAAUAAUUAGAUAUUUUUCUAAAUCUUAAAAAGUAGUGAAGAAUUCUGGUCUAUAACACUCUCUACUUUUCAAUAUUUAAAAAGCAUAAUUCUCAUUAUAAGAUAAUGCUGCUAACAAUAGAUAUAAUCAUAAGAAUUUAAAAAGUGUCAUGGCAGGAAGAUAAAUCCGAAAUCUUGUUCAUGAUACUCUUAAAUAAAUGGCAGAAGAUAAAUAAAAUAAAAAAAAUCCAUCAUUUGAUAAUUUGCAAUUAGAAUGGGAAAUUUAUAAAGACUAUAGUGCAAUGCAAAUUGUAGCUUUAAUGUGUUUGAAACCAAAAAUAUUUACUGAAUUGGCUUAAAUGUUUUAACAGGAAGUCUUACAUUGA